AUGAAUUACUGGGAAUGGCACACAAUGGCGAAUAUGCUUGAAAGUGAUGAAGUUGUGAUAUCUUCACAAGUCGGUGUGGGUAUUUACGAAGGUGAGAGACGCACAGAGUGGGAAGAGGGAAAGUUAAUCGUAUCUACACAUCAUAUCUUCUUUCAAACAUCCGAUAAUAAUGCCCAAUUACUGCGACUUCCAUUAGAAACUAUAGUGAGAUCUGGACAUGAUGUUUACAGUAAAGGACGUUUUGCCUUUUCACAUGCUAAAAUUAUCGUUCCUUUACCAGGCGAUAAUAUUUAUGUGAAGUUCUCAUUUCGAAAAGGUGGAAUGGAAGAGUUCUUUGAGGCCUUACGGAAGGCAUUAAGAGAAAAGUGGUGGUUGCAGAAAUCAAAAAUAAAUAAACCAUCAUCAUCUUUAUCAUCAUCUCCAUUACCUCCAACUAUUCAAACAACAUCAUCAAUAACAACAAAACCAGGAUCUUCUAUACCAUCAACGAAUAAUGUAAAGAAGGUUGAAAGUAAAGAGGAACAACCACAGGAACCUGUGUUUAGUAUUACCGACAAGGCCGGUAUUGCUGGUCUUAUUCGUGCGACUGGAGAGAAUGCCCAACUGAGUGAAACCUUAAAAGAUAUUGAUGAUGUGAUGAAUAACGCCUCUGCUCUUGUUGCCUCUAUUCGAUAUUUACGACAAAAACAAAAUGUCUCUGAGGGAAAUACAGAAGGCGAAGAUGAUACCGCUAUUGAAAGUAUUGAAGCCACACUUGGAUUGGGUACACUUGUCCGAGCCCCAACAAGUGGGAUUACACACAGUCAAUUUCAUAAGGAACUCGCAUUAGAGAUGCAUACAUGGAUGACACAUCCUAAGAAUGAACAUAUAUUUGGAGGAAUGCCACUUGUUCCUCUUAUUGAAUUGUUUUCUUUAUAUAAUAAAGCGAGAGGAGGAACGGAUUUGGUUUCUCCCGGGGAUGUUCUCACUGCCUGUCGGGCUAUGGAAAAACAAUCCUACUCACAAUAUACAUUAAAACAACUCUCCUCUGGUAGACUUGCAUUACAACACAAAGAUAUAUCUUUAGUUUUGGAGAAACUAGUUCCACUUCUCGGACCACAACUUUGUAACCCUAAAGAGAAGCAAAAAAGAGAAAAUGAAAAGAGUAAUAUUAAUAUAUCGACAACAACUGUCUUUCCAGAUUCAUGGAUGGCAUUAAAAUCCGUUAAUGAAUUACAAUUUGCAGCGAAAUUACAUGUGGCUCGAUCGGUGGCAUUAGAUUUAUUACAAGAAUUGGAAUUGCAUGGAUAUCUCUGUAGAUCUGGAGGUAAUUAUGGAUGUAUCGCAUUUCAUUGGAAUAUCUUCGUAUUUUAA